ACUCUAGUAUAUCAGACCAGGAUGUGCUGCAGCAGUAUUUGGCCUCCACUCAGAAGCGAGUCAGGUCAGACCAGCAGCCAGACAAGGCAACUUUAACUAGGCAGCCCUGUUCACGAAACCGCUUCGCCACUCUCCUGCAGAGGAGGAACCAGGAAGCUGAGGAGGAUGGCCAGGCCACAUGCAGCAGAUUCUUCAGCAGUUCCAGUUUAGCAUCCAGUCCGAUCCCUAAGGAGUCUACUCAGGAGGAUUUACCUCAGCAUGUGGAGCCCAGAGCUGGGAGUCACACUCAGGACAAUUCUUCCAGCACCCAGACCAAUGACAGCGAUAGUCCCGAUGUUCCAUCUGUGGACACCCCGAGUCCGCCUCCAUCAGCAAGCAAAACAUCUCCCAGUUCAGCCAGUCACGGCCUCAGGCUGUUUGACUGGUCAGGCAGCUCCACCUCAACUGAACGAUCAAGACAGCCCAAGUCCACUUCAGGCCUGGCUGACCUGCAGCAGUUUCAGUAUAAGAAGGAGACUGCUUCCUCUUCUACAAAGACACACAGAUCCCCUGGAGACAGGUCACCCCCACGUCCAUCCUCUACUGACGGAAACCCAGAGGACAAGGAUGAUGUCCCAGACUCCCAGGAUAGCGCCUACUUCACCCAGUCCCAGCCUUACCUCACUUCCUGCCGCAAAGAAGAAGCCCCCACCUACAGCUUCCCUUCCUCCUACCAGGGGGAUGCUACGUCUGAAAUUAAUUUGAUUCCCUCAUACUGGCCAGAAGCAGAUGAGAAAUCAGCUGUGCUGAGAUCAAAGGUUGCUAGAGAUGCCCACAAGAUGACUCCCUGCAAGAUCGGUGCGCCCCUGUCUCCAGUCAAAGACAACCUGUUGGCCAGCUCGUCUCAGACAGACACAAAAUUAAUCAGCUGA